AUGAUUAUAUCAUGGAAUGUAAGGGGGCUCAAUAAGUCGGGUAAGACUAGGGAGAUUAGCUCCCGUCUCCUAGAUCUUAACCCUGCAAUCAUAGUACUAAUCGAAACUAGGGUGAAGAGGAAUAAAACUCAAACAAUUAGAGAUAAACUGAAACUUAGGGGUAGCUAUCUGGAUAACUAUGGCAAGCAUGAAAACAGUAGAAUAUGGGUGUAUUGGGAUGAAAACAAAGUGGAUAUUGAGCACGUGUGCAUCACUGACCAACUGAUACACUAUAAGAUUUGUGAUAAUACUGGAAAUGUCUUGAACUGGCUGACUGCAAUUUAUGCACAAAACCAACUAGAUAUGAGGCGAAAGUUGUGGCAGGAUAUUGAAACUAUACACUAUCAGCAACAUGGACAAUGGAUGCUUAUUGGCGAUUUUAAUAAUGUUCUGAAAGUAGAGGACAUAACUGAAGGAACCAUGGUGAACGAAAAGGAAUAUAUUGAUCUCACUAGCAUGAUGAGUGCGACAGAACUAUACGAGAUGGAAAGUACUGGUGAUUACUUUACAUGGUCAAAUAAGCAGGGAGAGAAUGCUAUCCAUUACAGGAUAGAUAAAGUUUUAGGGAAUGUGGAAUGGAUGCAAAAGAAUGUGGAUAUUGUCCUAACCAACAUGACACCAAGUGUCACGGAUCACGCCAUGCUGGUUUUGAAAGAGCAGGAGAAUACAUAA